AGCGUGCAGAAUCUCAAGCAGGAGGAGAUGCGCGACAUGCUGCAGACGCUCGGCGUGGAGCUCAAGGGCGACGACAAAAACUUGAUGGGCAAGGCACUGCUGAAGCGCAUCAUGCAGAUCUGGCUGCCAGCCGGCGACACGCUGCUCGAAAUGAUCGUGACGCACCUUCCCUCGCCGACGGUCGCGCAGCGCUACCGCUGCAGCACGCUGUACAGCGGGCCGCAGGAUGACGAGGCCGCGCAAGCGAUUCGCGCGUGCGACCCCGAGGGUCCGCUGAUGAUGUACGUCUCGAAGAUGGUCCCGAGCAGCGACAAAGGGCGCUUCUACGCGUUCGGCCGCGUCUUCUCGGGCACCGUGGCGACCGGCCAAAAGGUGCGCAUUCUCGGGCCGAAGUUCCAGCUCGGCUCGAAAGAGGACUUGCACAUCAAGAACAUUCAGCGCACGGUGAUCAUGAUGGGCCGCACCGUCGAGGCGGUGCAGGAUGUGCCCUGCGGCAACACCUGCGCGCUCGUCGGCGUGGACCAGUUCCUGCUGAAGUCUGGCACGCUGACUACUUGCGAGACGGCCUGUACGUUUAACGACAUGAAGUACUCGGUCUCGCCAGUCGUGCGCGUCGCCGUCGCGCCGAAGGACAACAAAGACCUGCCGAAGCUCGUCGAGGGCCUCAAGAAGCUGUCGAAGUCCGACCCGCUAGUCGUCUGCAGUUCCGAAGAGAACGGACAGCACAUCAUCGCGGGCUGCGGCGAACUGCACGUCGAGAUCUGUCUGAAGGACUUGAAGGAGGAGUACGCGCAAGUCGAGAUCAUCGUCUCCGAGCCGGUCGUCUCUUACAUGGAGACGAUCACGGCCAGCUGUCACGAGCCGGGCAUGACCAAAUCCGCGAACAAACACAACCGGUUGUACGUGACUUCCGACCCGCUCGACGACCAGCUUGUCGUCGACAUAGAGGAGGGCAAGGUCACUUGCCGCGACGACUCGAAGGAGCGCGCGAACUACCUCGCCGAGAAAUAUGGCUGGGACAAGAACCACGGAAUGAAGAUCUGGUGCUUUGGACCGGACACGAUUGGGCCGAACCUGUUCGUCGACGAGACGAGCGGUCUGCAGUACGUACACGAGAUCAAGGACCAUGUCAACGCCGGCUUCCAGUGGGCGUCACGUGAGGGUGCGCUUUGCGAAGAGAAGAUGCGCGGCUGUCGGUUCAACCUCGUCGACUGCACGCUGCAUACGGACGCGAUCCACCGCGGCGCCUCGCAGAUCUUGGGCACCACGCGCCGCGCCGUGCUAGGCGUUUCGCUGAACUCCGAGCCGCGCUUGGUCGAGCCAAUCUUUUUGGUCGAGAUCACCGUGCCUGAAGAGAACAUGUCGGGCGUCUACUCCGUGCUGAACCGCCGCCGCGGCGUGGUCAUCUCGGACGAGAUGCGCAUGGGCACGCCGCUGCACGAGAUGCGCGCGUACCUGCCGGUCGCGGAGUCCUUCGGCUUCACCUCCGACUUGCGCGAAAAGACGCAGGGCAAGGCUUUCCCGCAGUGCGUCUUCUCGCACUGGGAGCAGGUCCCGGGCAACCCGUUCGACCCCAGCUCGUCGCACCACGCGACGGUGCUGGCGAUUCGCAAACGCAAGGGGCUGAGCGAAGUGAUCCCGACCGCAGAUCACUUCCUCGACAAGCUGUAA